AUGGGGACCGAGACUGUUCAACCAAGAAUGGGUAAGCUGGCUGUUGUAAACAAGGAGUCUAACAAGGACCCAAAGUCAGAGGUAGCAAAGCUUGGGCCGUUGGUGCUUAAUGUUGUCCAGAGUAAGGCGAACCAAGCCAAAGGGCUUGAUGUGGUAAGCAAAAAAAAAGACACCUUCUUAGUAGCCCUGACAUAUGAGGAACCAAGGGAGAAGGAGAUCAAGUCACCCUUUGAGAUGCUAAAAGUGUUAAAGGCAUUAAGUGAUUUGAUGCUCAGCCUGUUACCGAAUGUCCCCACCAGAGUUGGAGGAGUUGAGGAAGCAGCUCAAAAGUUAGUUGAUGUUCGCUUCAUCAGGCCAUCAAAGCUAUCUAUAGACUACCUAGCUUUGAACAAGCUGACCAUCAAGAACAAGUACCCUAUCCCCCUUAUCAUGGACUUGUUCAACCAAUUUGGGAGUGCAAGGUGGUUCACUAAGCUGGAUUUAAGGUCGGGCUACUACCAAGUUAGGAUCAUGGAGGGAGAUGAGCCCAAGAUACCAUGUGUCACUUGGUAUGGUUCAUAUGAGUUCCUAGUUAUGCCAUUUAGACUCACGAAUGCCCUAGCAACAUUCUGUACCUUUAUGAACAAGACCAUGCCAAGCUAUAUGAGGUGCGUACAGUGCAUCAAACUUUACCAUAAAGGACAUGUUGAAGUAGGAGGGACAUCCAGUUAUGUUCGAGAGCAGGAAGUUGAACAAGAUUGA